AUAAUGUAAUAAGGACUUGCUUAAAAGAGAUUAUUGAUGGAUUUUAAGAAAAUUUAACAAGAAAAUUAGGAAGACUUUAUGGCCUCUCCAUAAGAAAAUGAUAUUUUCCAUUGGGAAGCAGUGAUUUUUGGGUACUAGAAUGAAAAUAAUUAUUUAAGACCAGAAUAAACUCCAUGGGAAGGAGGAUGUUUUGAAUUAAAAUUGGCUUUCUCGAAUGAUUAUCCAACUAAGCCACCUGAGGUUCGAUUUGCCCCACCAAUUUAUCAUCCAAAUGUUUAUCCAGAUGGAAGAAUAUGCUUAGAUAUUUUAAAGGAACAAUGGACCCCAAUUUUAGAUGUUUGGGCUAUUUUAACUUCUAUCAGAUCGCUAUUGUGUGAUCCAAACCCAAACUCACCUGCAAAUCCAGAAGCUGCAAAAGUAAAACAAAUUCUGUAAAAUAGUUAUACAUGUCUGACAGAGCGGAAUAUUAUAGAAGAGUAAAAGAAUAGGUUGAGAAAACACUAAAUGGAAUUGAGGAAGAAAAAUGAUUAAAUAAUUUUAUUAUCACCUAAAUCAGAUUGUAAACCAAC